UUCGGCUUAGCUCCUGACUUGAUUUAUGAGAUGGAUUAGUUAGCUGGUAGCGCAUCAGAUGGUAGCUAAGAUCAAUAAAAAUGUUCCCUUAGCGCAUAAAACUUGAACCGCAAAAUGCGAUGCUACCUUCAAGCAUUUUUGCUGUGCUUGGUCUUCACCUUCUUUUCACUGUUGUAUGUGUUUAAUCAACUCGCCUCCAUCCUGGAGGACAGAGACGACUGGGACCUGAAAGAACAGCGGGUACCCGACAGGCGCAGUCAUGACUCCGGGCACCCUCUCAGGAAAAGCCCGGGACCGGCAGGCCUUCGAGAUGGCGAAGAAGGGCUUGACAGGUGUAAAUCACUGUCAGUUUCUUACUGGGAUCCAUAUUGGAGACUGCCUGCUGAUGUUUGUGGAGUGAACUGCUUAUUGGGAUCACCUCUUAGAAAGAGGUCAGCUUCUGCAGUCAAGGAAAAACGUGAUGAGAGAAGUCACCUGGCUGUGGUGGCCUGUGGCCCCAGGCUAGAGGAGACUCUGACCAUGUUGAAGUCUGCUGUUUUCCUCAGCAGAAAGCCUCUGCACUUUUAUAUCUUUGCUGAGGAUGAUCUACAUGACCGCUUCAGAAAUGCUCUGGAUUCCUGGCCAAGGACAGUUCAGACCAAGUUUAACUUCACCAUCUAUCCCAUCACUUUUCCCAAGGAGAAUGCAAAGGAGUGGAAGAAGCUCUUCAAACCUUGUGCCUCUCAGAGGCUCUUCCUGCCACUGAUCCUAAAGGAGGUGGAUUCUUUGCUCUACGUGGAUACAGAUAUAAUUUUUCUGCAGCCAGUAGAGGAAAUCUGGGCCCUUCUUUCUCACUUCAAUUCGAGUCACUUAGCUGCCAUGGCUCCAGAGCACGAGGAACCACGCAUUGGCUGGUACAACCGUUUUGCCCGCCACCCUUACUAUGGCAAGACAGGCAUCAACUCAGGGGUCAUGCUCAUGAAUAUGACGCGCCUCAGGGAGAAAUCUUUUAAGAAUGACAUGACAACAGUUGCACUGAAGUGGGAGGAAAUGCUGAUGCCUCUUCUCCAGAAGUAUAAACUCAAUAUCACUUGGGGUGACCAGGACCUUCUAAAUAUUAUAUUCCACCAUAACCCAGAGAGCCUAUAUGUGUUCCCCUGCCAGUGGAACUACCGUCCAGACCACUGUAUUUAUGGCAGUAAUUGUCAACAAGCUGAUGAAGAAGGUGUCUUCAUUCUCCAUGGUAACAGGGGAGUUUACCAUGAUGACAAGCAGCCAGCAUUUCGAGCCGUCUACGAGGCCAUCCAAAAGUACCCAUUUGGUGAGAACAUGGAGACCUCACUGCUUCAGCCGCUGGAAGCGUCGUUACAGACUACCACAAAUACGUACUGUGGGAGAGCCAGUCAUCUGUUUACGAAGAGGUUAAAACAGAGCAUCAUGUCUGUUCAACAAGACGUCACACAGAGAAGAUGAUCAGGACGGCACUCUGAUAUCAUUGAUAUCUUGAUUAGUGUCUAAUUUCUGUCUGGAAGUAGAGACGUGGAUGUAAGACACUCCUGUGGAGACAACGAGCUGGAUGACAAACAGACUCAGGUCAACACUGAACUGUUUACAAACUGCAUAUCAAGAAGGGAAGGAUAAUCCAUGGAACAGGUUAUAGUUUUUACUCUUAAGUGAAGCCAGUGUUGGUUCAUAUCUGUCCGAUGAACACAAUCGGGUCUGCUUUCUCGCAGUGGUGGAUAAUGCACUGAAUCCACUUUGCCCUGCAGAGAUUUUUGACUCCAUAGUUCUCAGAAAGGACACUUGCUGUAUUCUAGACAAUCAGAUUGCAUUGUUUUUGUUCUGAAAAAUAACCUACAGUCGGUUUGUACAGUUGUAUAAGGUAUUUUGAGGGAAAACACAGCAGUGUACUUAAAUAUGUACUCUUAUUGAGAUUACUUUAUAAAAAGUUUUUUUAAUAUAAUUUUGCUUUCAAGUUUUGUACUCGUGCCCACUCUCAUUCCCAGGGGGUCAAAUAUCAACGCUUGUGACGUCCCUUUAUCGAUAUCGAUGCCAAAGGCAUGCUUUAGCGUCUUUCUGAGACACACCAGGCUUUCAGUUAACUUCAUUUAAACCCAACUGCGGCAAUACUUAACUCUGAGAGCAGCUGAUAUAACGAAGAAAGGCCACGGAGGGAGAAAGAAGAGAGGAAAGGCGGAUGGUUCAGACAAAACUGGACUCUCAUCCAGGAGAUCAGUUUGUGUCCAGUAUGAAACCAAAAGUCAGUGUUGUUGUCACAUAACAUUACAUCACUUAAAUUCCUACGUCCUGUGUGAUGUUAUGCAGUUUGUGAAAAGUCGUUGCGCACUGACUUCAGUCGUGAUGUAUUUACAUCAUCAUGUCAGGUUGUAUAACGAACAUACUUAUUCUGAUCCAACCAAGUAGUUUUGUUUCACAACUGUUUUGCACAGGGGAGAAGUUUUCCUUUCAGACUUUCCCCCAGAAAGCCUGUUUUGAUAGCAAUCUAUUUAUUUCAACCCAAACCACAACUUUUGUCCAAACUUUAACUAAGACAUCCUUCUCUGGCAGAAAACUUCUCUAAGUGGGUCCAUUUCACAGCAUGAAUCAUGUUUUUACAACAUGUUUUAGCUAUGUGGCCUGUGCUUCGCUAUCAGACGCUGUGGGGCGUGACUAUUUGUCGGUAUUUGACAACCUAGGAUGAGAACGGUUAGCAAUAUCAUGGAAAAGGGUUGUCGUUAUUUUCAGGUACAUGUUAGUUAGACAAGUUAUAGAAUAUGAUCUGUAUUUAUUAUUAUUGGACAUCUGUGACAGAAAGCACUUUUGAUGAUAACCUGAGGCUAUCAUUUCAUAUACUCUGGUAUGGGAGUAUGUGGAAACAUUGUUAACUGUAUGCUCUGUUAGCAUUUAAGUCAUCUCAGCAACUUCACCAAUAUGAACAUGUUUUCUUGUAACUGGAACAGUGUCAGAGAGAGAGCAGUAAGUUUUCAAUCAAGCCAGGUCGCGUCAUGAAAUCUGCCUUCAGGUUUAGCAAACAGUUGCACUAUUGAUUUGAGAAUGAGGAUUGUAAUAACACAAAAAUAUCUAAUUAUAAUGUUUUACUCAUAAGCCAGCUUUGACAUUCAAGUGUUUAUCAAAUGAAUGGGAAAUAAAUCUUUUAUUAAAAAGCAUUUCUAAUGGUGUCUGUGAUGUAGUAUCUCAAAAGUAUAUAUGUUUGUGAUAAAUUAAAGCAUUUUAAAUGUGACAGCUCUUAAGUAUUUGAUAUGGGUUGGAAUUUCCUUUGUUGCUUGAAGAGUAAAUAUACAGUCCUUUGGCCUCAAAUAUCAUUUUUAUUAUUAGAACCUCUAAGAGAAUU